AUGGUAAACAAAGUCGAAAUGGACAAGUUUAUUGCGAUAAAUAAUGAAAGAAAAUCUUCCUCAGAUACAAUUGGAUUCUUUUCCAGAUGGUGGAAUCAAGGAUUUCAUUCUCAAGAAGUUAUUUCGUGCGCGAUUGAGUCAUUUUAUUUUCAUGUUUUAAUCAUUUUCUUAGUCGUGCUCGAUACUACACUAGUCGUCACAGAAAUUCUCUUAGAUUCCUUCAAAAUUCAUUAUGAAUGUGAAUUUCACACUGGUGACGAACACAAAUCUCACUAUCAUUUGACGAUAGUACGUCUUGAAUUCGCCAUAGAAGUUGCACAUUAUCUCUCAAUUGGUAUUCUUGCGUUUUUCGUAAUUGAAUUACUUGUGCGAAUUUUUGCCAGUGGAAAAGAAUUUUGUAACAUUCGACGAAGAAAAAUGGAAUAUUUCGAUGCAUUUAUUGUCGUUACAUCGCUUAUUAUCGAUUUGUGCUUUUUACGAGGUGAGAACAAACUUCUUGGAGAAGAACUGAUUCUGGUGUUGGCAUUUCGUCUAUGGCGAUUUGUUCGAAUUAUUAGUAGUGUUACUGAAGCUACUCUUCAUCGGCAACGGAAACACAAGGAUCACUUAAAUCAACAAUAUCUUAAUGCUAUCCGACGACUAGUUGACUUGCUCGUGCAUAAGACGAACUAUGCUGAAAAGAAUGCAAAUGAACAAAACUUGGGCGCUUUAUUGGAACAUUUUCAAAACAUCGAUCAACAGUGUCAAUCGUCAUUGGAAGCAUUGAGUCAAAAUCGUGAAUUAACGUCUUCGGCUGUUGUCGAACAAUUCGUUUAUGAAAUCAGUGGGCUCGAAAACAAGAGUAGUCAUAGUAUUAUUUCAGCAAUGUUUGCAAAAUCCUCCGAAGUCUGA